AUGGCCGCCCUUCGGGUGUAUUACACCAGCGUGACGGGCUCCAGGGAGGUGAAGCAGAGGCAGUCUGAGGUUCUUCGUAUUCUGGAUGGAAACCGCCUGAAGUACCAGUUGGUGGAUGUCUCUCUCAGUGACAGUUUGCUGCAAGAGAUGAGGGACAAAGUUGGCAAAGCUGAUGCAGUCCCACCCCAGAUCUUUAACGGAGAUGAAUAUUGCGGGGACUUUGAAAUGCUAUAUGAAGCAACUGAAAAUGAAGAAGUUAAGAAAUUCCUUAAGGUAGCAGCUGUAGAUAGAGUGGGGAAAAAUGUGGCCACAAUUUGAAGAUGUUCCUUUAUAUAAGUGUUCAAUGCUUAAGCCAUUUUUUUUUUUUACAAAAGUUUAAAGAAAACAGGCAUUUUGUAUGUCAAAGAAAUUCAGCUCCCUGUGAAAGUCAUGGGAAUUGCAAAAAAGCAAUGUCUGCUGUAUCAGCUUUUUGUAUAAGAUUUACUAUGAGGACAAGGCAGUAAUACCUUUCUCUGAUAGUAGGAGAACACAAAAAGUGAGCCAUCACUUUGUGGUAGCUGAGUAGACACACAGUUAAACACACCUACUUAAAAUCUCUCCUGCCAGAUAGGAUUUUGACACAUUUAGAAUGCCAGAUGGAAUCUA